CAAGUCUGUGUCAUAGGUCCAGCAGCGAUAGCAUUAAUUUCUCGUCGAAGAACAUUAAAAUUCUGAUUCUGAACAUCAACUUUACGCAGAUAACACCCAAUUGCCAUCUCACAAACAUGUCCUCCAACAAGAUCUGGCUGCGUGCCGAAACCAAGCCCGCCGAGGCUCGGUCUGCCUUGACACCGACUACCUGCAAGGCUCUUAUGGAUGCUGGAUAUGAAGUGACUGUCGAGCGCUCCACCCAGCGGAUUUUUGAUGACGAAGAUUUUGCCAAGAUUGGCGCGCCGCUGGUGGAGGAAGGUUCUUGGGUGAAGGAUGCCCCCAAGGAUGCCUACGUUCUGGGUCUCAAGGAGCUCCCUGAGGAUGAUUUCCCCCUGGAGCACGUUCACAUCUCCUUUGCACACUGCUACAAGCAGCAGGGUGGCUGGGAGCAGGUCCUCAGCCGCUGGCCUCGGGGAGGUGGUACUCUCUUGGAUCUUGAAUUCCUCACCGAUGAUGUCGGUCGGAGAGUCGCUGCUUUCGGUUGGUCCGCCGGUUAUGCCGGUUCCGCUUUGGCUGUUAAGAACUGGGCUUGGCAGUUGACGCACCCUGAGGGCGAGCCUUUGCCUGGUGAGGUUCCGUACAUCAACCAGGAUGCCCUGAUCGAGUCGGUCAAGAAGUCCCUCGAGGAGGGUAAGAAGCAGUCUGGCCGCUCUCCCAAGAUUCUUGUCAUUGGCGCUCUCGGCCGUUGUGGUAGUGGUGCUGUGCAGCUCGCCAAGGACGUGGGUAUUCCAGACUCCGACAUUGUUCGGUGGGAUAUCGAGGAAACCAAGAAGGGCGGUCCCUUCCGGGAAAUCGUCGAGGAUGUCGAUAUUCUCGUCAACUGCAUUUACCUCAGCGCACAGAUCCCUCCCUUCGUUACUCCAGAGACUCUUACAUCGCCGAACCGCCGCUUGUCGGUCAUCUGCGAUGUGAGCGCUGAUACUACCAACCCCCACAACCCUCUCCCUGUGUAUUCUAUCACUACUACCUUUGACAAGCCUACUGUUCCCGUCACCUUGGCAGGCGGAAGCCAGGUUGCUGGCCUGAGUGUGAUCAGCAUCGAUCACCUUCCGUCUCUUCUGCCUCGUGAGAGUUCGGAGAUGUUCAGCCAGGCCUUGCUCCCUAGCUUGCUCCAGCUGAAGGACCGGCAAAACGCCCGUGUCUGGAAGCAGGCUGAGGAUCUUUUCAAUGAAAAGGUUGCUACUUUGCCCGAAAACAUCCGAGAAUACCAAGGAAAACAGAGAAGCAGCCCUGCUACCGCCUAUCCAACGAGAAGUCUUCCGUUGCGGCUACCGCGUCGAAUAGGGGUGAUGCAGGAAAAAUCAAGCACUGUCGCCGCUUAUGCGGCGGGAGCAUCUCUUGCGGCUAUUGCUCUAUUUUAUGUCUUCGGCCCCAACUACACUAUCGAUGGAGACGAGUCACACGAUAAUUCCCGCAAGAAGAAUAUUGUUGGAUUAUCCAACCCCGCCAAUGACUGCUUCAUCAACUCGGUGCUGCAGGCUCUUGCAGGGCUUGGUGAUCUGCGUGUCUACCUGAUCCGAGAGCUUCAUAGGCGUGAACUAGACGGUUCUGAUAUAUACAACGAACUCCCCCCACCGGAUGAUAUGUCUCGGGAUGCGAAGCCGGACAGGAUAAGGGAACUGCAACAGGGUAGCAUCACCAGAGCUCUCAAGGAGAUGCUCGACCGACUAAACGAACGCCCGAUCUACAAGAAAACCAUAUCUGCGCGAUCCUUCAUCCAGUCUCUUGAGUACGCCUAUCGGACGCGGAUCAGUCGCAGUCAGCAGGAUGCGCAGGAGUUCUUGCAGAUUGUCGCAGAAAGGCUUUGCGAUGAGUACCACGCCGGCGUUAAAGCACGAUCACGAGCGAAGACCAUACCGGAGUUGUCGCCAGGCCCGGAGUCUGUAGAACCAGGCAAUGAGACUUCUCCCAACAGCCCUGCAGAGGUUGAGGUGCGGAUUGAUGACGGAUCUGAGAACGGGUUGCCCACCAUUAUCGACAACAAGCUCAAAGAAAUCGACCACGAGUACGGCUUCCCUUUCGAAGGAAAGCUCGAGUCCCAGAUCGAGUGCCUGUUUUGCCACUAUCAAUACAAGCCUAACCAGACUUCCUUUGUAAAUUUGACCUUGCAAGUGCCUCAAAAGAGCUCUACCACGCUUAGCGCCUGCUUUGACGGUUUACUCAAAACUGAAUAUAUCGAAGAUUUCAAGUGCGACAAAUGUCGAUUGCAGCAUGCUCUUGAGGUCAAGGCCCAGGAAUUGCACCGGACCCGCGCCAAAGAUGACCGGGCUAGGCUUGAGGCAGAGAUCCAGCAAAUUCAGACGGCCCUCGCCACAAACCCAGAAGGUCCUUUAGAGGGUGUAUUCUUGCCAGCUUCUGAUCUCGCCCCCAAACGAAAAAUUGCGAGGCAUAUGCGGAUAACGGCCUUCCCCAAAAUCAUUGCCAUUCAUCUUUCGCGAUCGAUCUUUGACCACAGCAGCUCUACCAAGAACGCAGCUAAAGUAUCUUUCCCGGAGCGGUUGCCUUUGGGUGGUAUCUUGAGCCGAGAAUGGUACAAGCUGUUGGCAAUUGUCUGUCAUAAAGGCAGCCACCAUAGCGGACAUUACGAGUCAUUCCGACGCAAUAUUCUUUAUCCACCCUUCUCAACGCCAGAUGUAUUCAGUUCGUACGCUCAGAGUCGGGCAACUAGCGAAAACCCAUCCGAGGCGCCUAGCCCUCAGCUAAAGGCUCGCAAGUCUUCAGAGAGCGAGCCGGCACCUUUAAGCAUCUCGACAUCGACAGGGUCACCGACCCGUCCCUCUCAACUGCAACCACCCCCGUCGCCGACGCCUCGACCGACAUCGAGCCCACGGGUGUCUUUCCAGAGCACUCGCUCGAAGUCGUCAACAUCAAAGCAAAACCUAUCGCCUGUGUCAGACCCGCACAGCUCAUCCUCCACUGAGGGUGGACGCUGGAGCAAGUCAUUUUCGCGAGCGUCGUUCACCAGCGAUCGCAGUACGCCAGCAACUUCAGUUGAAGCAUCGGCCGGAUCCAGCAGUCGGCUCCGUCGACGCCGUAAGCAGAACGACCGAUGGUGGCGUGUCUCGGACGAGAAAGUCAAAGAAUGCAAAACAUCCGAUGUUUUGGGGAUGCAGCGCGAGGUCUACCUCUUGUUCUAUGAGAUUGAGAAGCCCACGCCUGGCGCGUAA